AUGACCGCUAACAUCUAUCUCGUCUGCUUUUCUUCCCUUGUCCUUUUCAGCUUCGUUGGGGCCAAGCCGAUCUCCAAUUUACAGAGCCUUAAACAGCUUCUAGAGGAAGAGGAAAAUACGCCCUAUUUCGAGUCGGAGAAGCCGGAGACAGAGGUGAAAGACCUUAAUACUGAGAAGACGGCUUUCGGUGCAGAUGGAGAACACUCGUGGGAGUCUGCCGUGUGGAAUUCUUCGCCUGCUGGAAAGGAUGAUGUACUUGCGCGACUCCUGAAUGACAUUCUGUCCACUUCAAAGCGCUCGUGGAGCCGAUUCAAGAAAGGGGGACUGAGAAGCUGUUUUGGCGUCAGGCUAGAAAGAAUUGGCUCUUUUAGCGGGUUAGGGUGUUAA